ACACCUCUUCCACUCCACCAAGUUCUUCUAGCCAGUGUCACUUGAGAUUCCCUCUCCUUCCUCCAAAUGGCCAUAUGCUUUCUCCCUCCUCCCUCUAGAGGUUGACCUCAACAAGUAAAAGGCCUUGCAAAGAGAUAGUGGCGAUCGUCGAGUGCGCAAAAGCUAGAGAGAGAAGAGAGAGGUUGAGUGCUUGCACUAGCUUGCGUGUGUGUGUGUGUUAGAGAGACAGAGAGAGUGAGUGAGAGAGAGAGAGAUCAGCAUAUCAGAGGGGAAUAUGGAUAGGGGACUCGUCCACAAAUCAUCGCCUCUAGUGGGCGAGAUGGGAGAGGCAGGCCAUGGAUGGUGGAGCGUGAAUAAUUUGAGGCCCCCCUUUGAGCAGCAGCACCAUCCUUCUCUUUUCAUGCCGUCCACCACCACCACCACCACCACCGCGGCGCCGUCUUCUUCGUCGUCCCCUCUCCAUUCCUUCUCCUCGCUGCUGCUCUCCAAUCACUACCCGCUGCCUACGACCAGCACGUCGCCGUGGCACCAUGACAGCAGCAGCACCAGCAGCCACGGCCAGCAGGAUUCAUGGAGCCAGCUCAUACAAGGGGGAUUGGCCACUAAUGGGGAAGAGAUGUACAAGGAAGGCCAGAUGCUAUUCCCAACUACUACAGUUUGUUCAGAAGCCGGAGGGAGCGGCGGGAGCUAUCUCUACAGCGCCGCCACAGCUAGCCAUGGGAGCAGCACAAGUGAUGAGAUCCAAUUGCCUUGGGGAAGCAGCGUCCACCAGCACCACAAGGCCCUGCAGCAGAAAUCUGCUUCCUCUCCGAGGUCUUCUUCCAUAACGUCGACCACCUCCCUCGGGAGCAACAUGCUGGAGUUCUCCAACAACAGUAGUUCACCAGUACGUGAGUGCAUCAGCACAGCAUCUGGAUCAGCUUUCAAGAAGGCUAGGGUCCAAGAACCCUCCCCGGCUCAAUCUACUGUGAAGGUGAGGAAGGAGAAGCUAGGGGAUCGAAUAACUGCUCUUCACCAGCUUGUCUCCCCGUUUGGAAAGACUGACACAGCGUCUGUACUCCUUGAAGCCAUUGGGUACAUCAGAUUCCUUCAUAGUCAAAUUGAGGCUCUGAGCUCGCCGUACGUGGGCGGCAGCAAUGACGGUGGUGGGGCCGGCUCCUCCAUCAGCUCUAGCUCCAAGCAUCAGCAGCAGCUCCACAUCCACGAGUCUAGUGUGCACGGAGAAAGGCACAGCAUAUUUCCAGAAGACCCUGGCCAGCUCCUGCAUGACAAUGCAUUGAAAAAACGAGGACAGCCUGAGCAGGUACUACUCGUCAUCGAUCAUGAUGGAAGCUGUGAGGAAGCGAAGAAGGAUCUGAGGAGCAGGGGUCUGUGCCUUGUCCCAGUGAGCUGCACCCUGGACGUCGGAGUUGACGUGGUCGCAGACUACUGGGCGGCCGCAGCUGCGCCGGCUUUCGGCAUGGGGUUCGGCGGGUAGAUAAUGGAGGAUGUUACACGGCGAGCAUGCUGGGCUGCAUAACAUCAGGAGCAGCCAUCCUGGUGAAGAGAGAUGCUUAAGGCUGGUUCCUCUUGAUGCUAUGCGAGUAUGCGUACGUAUGAUCGAUAGAUGUAUGCACACUGAUCGAUAAUGCAUGGACGUAGGGGAUCGAUGCAAAUAGUAUAUAACUGGUAGUGUGUGUGAUCUAUCUUGUCUAGAGAUUGGUCAUCAAUUUGGAUGCAUUGAUUAGAGAGGGCUGCACACAAGCUAAGAGUGCACCAUCUGUACGUAUAACUCAUUUAACUCUUAUUUGCGCCUCACUGCUAUGCAUGGUGAUGGUCUCUUGUGUAAGUGUGCAAUGUGUCUAUGUUUAAUUUUUCGCAAGUUGCUAUGAUUUAAAAUCUGAA